CCAACUUCCAAGACCCGACUCGAUUCUGUUUGAUUUCAUGCAUCCUGCCUUGCUAGCAUUGGAGUGGGAGCAGGCUAGCAACAAAUCGGCGCUCAGCUCCAGGCGGAAUAAUCGGAAUAUGGUUCGGAGUUCUUUUCAGCGCCACCCACUUCAGUUUGCAUCAAUAUCAGAAGUUAAAUCCUUCCCUGACCCCGCCAGACACCCAAAAUCCGACCGAAUGCACCAACGUGCCUAAUCCUAAUCACAAACCCGUCUAUCUGUCACCUCUGGUGACUUGUUGUCUCUAAUUAGCUUUGUUCGCAGCCAUAAAUGGGCAAAUGGUACUCACGGAAAACAGCUUGUCGUGCGAUUAUAGUGUUGAGGAAGCAUUCAAAAACUCAAUGCUUACGGUAGGGGCGGUUGGUCACCACCUAUUAGUCGCAUAUAUGGACGUUAUCAGCGUUACGGUCCUACUGUACGAGGUAAUCGUCAACCUCUCCAGCGAGAUUGAGCAUAUCUGGUUGAGGAGAUGGUCAUUCUUGACCGUUCUUUACCUCAUCCAACGUUAUCUCCCAUUUUUCGACGCUGCGGGAUUAAUUCUUAAUCACGACUUCGGAGCAAAUUUGAGCCCUCGUAUUUGUAGCUUGUCCUACAGCAUUAGCGGAUGGUCUUUUCUUGUUGGCAUGAUUUUAUCUGAAGUCAUUCUAACACUUCGGGUCUGGGCGGUCUGGAAGAGGAGUAUCCCGGUGGCCAUGGGACUCGUCGUAUUCUUCCUCGCCUGUUGGGUCCCCGGCUUCGUUUGGUCAGCACAAUUCUUGGGAGCUGCGAAAUUCACAACUUUCUCUAAUACUGCCGGAUGCUUUAUCAUCGGUGGGCGUGACAUCCUCUAUUUGCGUUGGGUGUUGUUGAUGGUGUAUGACACUGGCAUAUUGGUGAUGAUUCUCAUUCCCGCAAUCGCAGCGUAUAAGAGGGGUAGAAGAUCAUCGGAGCUCGUCAAUACUGUAUAUCAAGACGGUGUUAUCUACUAUGCAUUCAUAUUCCUAACCUCGGUGAUAAACGUGAUCGUCAACGUCGUUCUUCCUCCCGACCUCAUGUUUCUUCUAUCCUCAUUCGAGCGCGUAAUACAUUCCAUUUUGGCCAGUCGGGCAAUCCUCCAUAUUCGUCAAGUAGCCUUACGACGUUCUCGAGAAACUUCACGUUCAACUCAACAAUCGAUGUCGCAAGUUCUUUUCACGACACAUGAUGACCAUGGGGAACUUCCAAAUUCGAAUCCUUCCAGCCCGAACAGAGUUCGAAGUCUAUCUUGGAUGCCUCAUUCGGAAUAAAAAUCGGCUUUCGAGGUCAAGCAGAAGUUAAUUUUUUCUUUGAAUAGUUAUAAUAUAGAUUCAUCGGAAUACAUCAUUGAC